AAAUCGAUGCUUGUUCCAACCACCUAUGUCAGAAUGAAGCUGUUUGCAGCACUGUGGACAGUGGUACAUGUACAACUUACUCUUGCAUCUGCUCUGGGUGCUUUACUGGAACGUAUUGUGAUACAGCAACCAGUGUAUGUUUCAACCACCACUGUCAGAAUGGAGGUGUUUGUAUUCCUGAUAGUGGCUCAUGUACAACUUACUCUUGCUCCUGCCCUGGCUGCUUUACAGGAACCUAUUGUCAAGAACAAAUCGAUGCUUGUUCCAACCACCUAUGUCAGAAUGAAGCUGUUUGCAGCACUGUGGAUAGUGGUACAUGUACAACUUACUCUUGCAUCUGCUCUGGGUGCUUUACUGGAACGUAUUGUGAUACAG